CUUUCACUUCUCUAUUUUUUAAGUUUAAAAGAAUCAGUUUCUUUCCCUCACAAAAGGAGCAACAUGGACACUUGCAUUGUUCUCCUCGUACUUGCUUUGCUGCCACAACUCGUGAUGUGUAAUGUUCCCAUGGUCACAUCAUUUCGAGCUAUCGUUGAGUUAGUCUCAGACAACUCCAGGAUCUUCACUGGGGAGAGUCUGCACCUCAGAUGCAGCAUUCCCGAUAUCCAUGGGUCCAACUGGAGUGUCGAGUGGUUCAGGGGUUCUGAGAAGCUGCCAGAGACCGGGGAGAACUUCAAGCUGUGGAAUGCAAAAAUAAAAGCGAGUGGAAAAUUUUCUUGUCAAGGUGCAAGAAAGACCAUGAUAGGAAUCAUAAGAACUUUGCAAAGUGUACCUGUGGAGAUUGAAGUGGAUGGAGGUUGGGCCAUCCUCAAACCCCCCUCUCGUUCCACUCUUGUUGGGGACACCUUAAAGCUGUCGUGUCGCCUCAGAGGUUUCCCUCCCAUUCAUGAGACAAUCCUUUACAAAGAUGGAAUUGAAGUGAUGAGACAAAUCGGCCAAAACGUAAGCUUUUACUUAAGUAAUGUGACCCUUGGGGAUUCAGGGAUGUACUCUUGCCGGGUCUCCUGGGAUGUGAGAAGACGCACAUACUCUGUGACCUCAGUUAACACACCAGUCCACAUCUUAGAGGUUCUGUCACAGCCUUUGUUGGAGAUCCAUGCAGACAUCAAAUUGUACGGAGCCAAAAAGAUGAAGCUCAUCUGCCAUGUUCUGUACAACGCCCGAGCUCCUGCCCCUCCGGUCCAUUACUAUUUCUAUAAGAACAACGAACAACUGGGAAUGGCCAAAUCCAAAAACUACGACCUGGUAACAAAGGCUCUGGGGCAGUACAGCUGCAGAGUCAAGGUACCACAGCUGGAUCUGGUGAGGCGGAGUAAACCCAGCAGUUUUGGAGACCUGCCAGAAUAGAGAUGAGACUUCGGCAUCAUCAUCCAAGAUCCCAGCUGCCACCUGAGACCCCAAUGACUUCUCAAGAACUUCUGCAAUCAAUUCUCAGCUCAAAUCAGUACAGUGUAAUCCACCUUUAGAGCCUACUCUGAAUCCUUUGAAACCAUCAAGUCCGUUUUCCAACGCAGCCUUAUGUUUGAUUGUCAUACAGCUAAGGUCUCUCCAGAUCAAAUUAUCUAAGGAGAAUUUAUACCACAACAUAAAGAUUUUAAGCUAUUAUUGCCGCCUUGGCUUUCUCACAUUAGCAACUUUUAUGAAUGUUUUACUACCAAGUCUGGACUAGGGUUGGGCGAUGUCC